CGUAAUCUUCUUCUUCUUCUCCGCCUCCAAAUAAAUAAAUAAAUAUAAACUUUCUGGUUUCCCCAUAUUAAUCUCUUCCUUAAUCGUCUCUACCUACCAUUUUUGUCUUUUCACCUUCUUCUUGAUUCUUUUUUCCCCCCUUCUUUCAUCAAUCCACCUUUGUUCAUUGUCACAAAAAAGAUUGCCUUUUUUGCGACAACCCCAUUAUCUCAAUUUUUCACAUUUUUCUGAAGUUGUUGUUUGUACUAUUUAUUUUGAGAAAUUUUCAAGGUGGGUAAUUUACUUUCUGGGGUUGUUGCUGAUUUUGAUUUUUUCAAUGACAAUGAAUUUGGGGUUUCUUUAGUUAGGAAUCAAUCUAUGAUCUCUGCCAUUUCCAUCACUUUUUUAGGCGAUUGUUUUCGUCAAUCUUUCUCUGUGCUGUUUCUCUACCAUUUUUAUGAUUUUUCAUGAAUAGAAAUAAAUAUCCACUGAAAAAGUAUUUUUUUUCUAAAAAAAGAAAAAAUUGUUGAAGAAUAGACUUUUUUAUUUUAUUUGUGUUGGCACUCUUGAAAUCAUAGAUUUGGGGUACUGUUGAUUUAUAUUGGAGAGAAAAAAAAAUGUCACCUUUAAGGCAGAGUGCUAGUUCAUCUGCAUCAGAUGAUGAUCAAAGGUAUGCAGGAAUGGAUGAGAAGAAGAGGAAAAGGAUGAUUUCCAACAGGGAAUCUGCGAGGCGAUCGAGGAUGAAGAAGCAGAAGCUUCUGCAAGAUUUGACAGGGGAAGUGAGCAGAUUACAGGGUGCAAAUAAGAAUAUUGUGUCUAAGAUUGAUGAGACAACAGAAAGAUAUGCAAUUUGUGCGGCACAGAACAAUGUGUUGAGGGCACAAGCAAUGGAAUUGACUGAUAGGCUCAGGUAUUUAAAUGAUGUUAUUGACAGUACUGGUUUGGCUGCUGAUGUUGCUGAUCCUUUGUUGAAGCCAUUGCAGAAUCCUUGUGCAAUGCAGCCUAUUGCUUCAUCAGGAUUGUUUAAAUUUUAAUCGUUGUAAUGGCUUGUUUGGAUAGCGUUGCUUCCAUUAGUCUAUAUUCUAGUAGUUUCCUUGGAUGGUAAUGUCAUGUUAGUUAUGCCUUUGUUGGUUAUGUUUUAGUGUCUGCUUACUCUUUUUUAACCAUGUAAAUACCAAGAAUUAGCUUGGAGUUGUUGAAUCGGAUGUUUGUAUCUU